GAAGUUCGCAGUGAAGUUCACGACUCUGGUUCCAGGUUGUCUCCACCAGGGGGCACAGCCCGGGGCAGGCAGGCUCAAUCCAAACCAGCCACACCGCUCCUUCUCCUCGUACCAUGAGCUGAAUCUGUCCGGGACAGACCAGGGAAGAUGGCGGCCACUGACCAUUCCCGGUCCGAAGCUGCCAAACAGCGACGGCAGGAUCAGCUGCAGCGAUGGCUGGGCUCAGAAACAGAUCAGACGGGAUCGGAGGCCCGGGAAACUUUGAGCGGUUCCGGGACGCGGCGGGCGAAAGUCCGGUUCGCCCAAGGAGCCGUGUUUAUGGCCGCCUGCUCCGCCGGAGACCGGGAGGAGGUGGCAGUGCUACUCCGGCAGGGAGCUGACAUCAACCACGCCAAUAUAGACGGACUGACAGCGCUUCAUCAGGCCUGCAUUGAUGAAAAUGCUGAGAUGGUGCAGUUUCUGGUGGAGAGCGGGAGUGAUGUCAACAGAGGGGACAAUGAGGGCUGGACUCCUCUGCACGCCGCCGCCUCCUGCGGUUUCAUCCAGAUCACUAAAUACCUGAUAGAGCACGGUGCUCACGUCGGGGCGGUGAACAGUGAAGGAGAGCUUCCUCUGGACGUGGCCACAGAAGACGCCAUGGAGAGACUUCUCAAGGGUGAAAUCAAAAAACAAGCUAUCGACGUGGACAAGGCCAGAAAGGAGGAGGAGAGGGUCAUGCUCCAAGACGCCAUGGCAGUGCUGGCAGGAGGUGGCACCCUCACACCUCACCCAAACACCAAGGCAACCGCUCUGCACGUCGCCGCUGCCAAAGGCUACAUCGAAGUCCUGAAGGUGCUGCUACAGUGUGAGGUGGACGUGGACGGCAGGGACAUCGACGGGUGGACGCCCCUGCAUGCAGGAGCUCACUGGGGGCAGGAGGAGGUGUGCUCCCUGCUGGCUGACAAUAUGUGUGAUAUGGGUGCCGUCAACAUUGUGGGCCAAACACCUCUAGAUGUUGCACAUGAGAACCUCGCGGACACUCUGGAGGAGCUGCAGAAGAAGCAGAAUGCUUUACGCAGCGAGAAAGAGAAACAGACUCCUGUUAUUGAGACAAGCCAGCAAAUCUCCAUGGUACCACUUCGCACACGCAGGACUUCUAUCUCUCGUAUGAGCAGUAAGGAAAAGAUCUAUCUUCACGAGCGGGAGAAGCACCCACCUCCUGCCCUGCAGAGCAGCCCGGCUGAGGACGAGGAGGAGGAAGGGCAGACGGGACAGAGCCAGCCUCAGAGCCAGGGGAAGGCCUCCAGCAGCUCCAGCUCGGAGGAGGAGAGCGAAUCAGAGAGCGACGCAGAGUCGGAGAAAGCGAAAAACCGAGAGAUCAUAAACAACUUGAAUAACAAACGCAAUGCCACCGGCCUGCUUCCUACCUCCAUGCCAACGACUACUGCUGCCAGCCAAGUGAAAAAGGACCCAGGCAAGCCCCCAGCCCCCGAGGCCCCGGGCUCCUGGAGAACGUCUCUGAGGAAAGCAGGCAGCUCGGUGACUCUGGGCUCAGCGGGACUGUCCGACGCCAGCCAGGAUCCCAGCAGACCUGCAGAGACCGUCCUGGGCAUGACCCGCUCUGCCUCCAGCCCCCGCCUCAGCUCUGAACCCGACACCAAGGAGCCGAAGCUCGCUCGGGUGCCGCCCAUCCCGACACGGAGGCUCUUCAGUAUUCCAGACACCAGCCCUGACAACUCCAACAGUUGGCUAAGUCGUAGCUCCUCUUACACCCGGCGCCUUCAUAGUCAAUCAGGGAAUGACCUCACUAGUUCCACCCCCUCUUUGCUUCACAGCUCAUCUUAUGGAAAGAGACUGGAUGACCCCACCAUGACCUCAGCUAGCACAGGAACAAGCUCUGCUGGACUCAGCCGCCUUAACAGCGUCUUGGGCCAGAGACUUCCUCAGGAACAGACGGAAAAGAAGGAUCAGUCUGCCGUCACCACCUCCAACUCUCGGAGCACGACCACGGGCGAACAGGAGGCCAAGCAGAGGCGCAAAUCAUAUCUGACGCCAGUGCGGGACGAGGAGGCAGAAGCACAGAGGAAGGCUCGCUCCAGACACGCUCGGCAGUCCCGCCGCUCCACUCAGGGGGUGACGCUAACAGAUCUGCAGGAGGCAGAGAAGACGAUGAAGACAGACAACAAAGGGAGAGAAAAGAAGGAGGAGGAAGAGAAGGAGAAGGAGGCAAAAGCAAAGAAGGGAGAGGAGGGGGAAGUGAGCUGGAGGUCUCGUAUUGCCAGUCUGCAGAAGUCUGACCUGCUGGGCCUCACACAGCCCGCUGGUACUCCACGCCCUCAGACGUCUGACAGGAGAGAUGUUGAGGCCAGCACAGGGGAGAGCGAGACAGAGCGAUGGGCCAGGGAGCGCAGGGAGAGGAGACAAGCUCGGGCCAGGAGGAAGGCACAGAGGACCGGAGAGAGUGAUGACAAUGAUCCCAGUGGAGAGGAAGAGUUCUCAGGCAGUGGGCUGGAUCCACAGCACCGUCUCAAUGAUAGCAGUGUCUCUGACCUCUGCUCUGCUCGUCUACUCAGGUCCUUUAUCGACUGCACCCAGGGAGGAGGCUCUGACUCCAAGGAUUUUAAGAAGCUGUUUGAGGAGGUCUCCAGAGAAAAUAGUCAGCUCCAGUCUCAGCUGCAGGACACUCAGAGGAUUAUCAGUCAGACCAGGAUGGACCUGGAGAAGGCCACGCAGAGACAGGAGCGCCUCAGUGACUGUUCAGCCAUGCUGGACCUGGAGAGAAAGGACCGGAGGAUGUUGGAGCGGCGAAUGGCUGAGCUGGAGGAGGAGCUAAAGGUUCUGGUCGACCUGAGAGCCGACAACCAGCGUCUCAAAGAUGAAAAUGGAGCACUGAUCCGUGUCAUCAGCAAACUCUCCAAAUAGACUGAGAGGGAGAGACACGAAGAGCAGGGAACCCCCCCACCCCCCCUCCCCUCCAUCCAUCCCUCCCUCCCUGCUUCCACACAUUCCUCCCAGUGCCAAAGAGUGAGAGAGAGAGAGAGAGGGGGAGAGAAGCAGCCGAAUGUCCUGCGUACAUGAACACCACAGCUUGACUUGGAUUGUGAUGCCUCUCUGUGAACAGCUGGAGUGGCUUUUGUGUGCCUUACUGCCCGUUUGUCACAGGAAGACCUAUGGCAUGAAGGCCUGUGGCUAUUUCAGAGGCUCCCACAGCAGCAACAUGAGACUCGACAACAGCCAGAAAGCCAGCGGCUGCUGCAACACACGAAGCAUCUACUACGACUGUGCAUCAGGGGAACAUUAACGUGCACACACAUUCCUAUGCGUGCAUCACAUACUUCCUCCAUGCACAUUCCACGAGCGCACAAGGCAGCUUGGUCCUUAAAGCUCCCACUUAGUAUUUAUUUUUUUGUGAACACACUCACGUCACACAUUCACGAAUUUACCCCACUCACAGUUCAAAUCUAACGUGUUGUCAAGCAGUAAAGGUUUUGGUGUAGUUCUUUAAAAAAAGAAAAACGAAAAAAAAACAACAAAAAACCUGGCUCUUUCUUUACAUUCAGCACCAUCGUGAUGACACGGGGAAGUCCACAAAGCUCUGUUGGGUUGUUUUGUUUCCACAUGCAAGUGUUUGAACCCACCUACCUCUCCACCUAUGCACUUCCCCUCCAUACAUUUUUAUUUUUGUGACCACAGACACACUCCAUGCUCUUAAAAAUGACCAGGUCAGUCGACCACAGCACUUUACACCCUGCAAAGCGAUAAAAGAUGUGCGGUGCUUUGCCCGUCCUCCAGACAGACAAACUUAUGUCAGAGCAGCACCCUCUCACUUAGUAAGUGGAGGGAGAAGUUACCGAUAGCUGAAGGUCAAAGGUCAUUGCACAAUUAUAUAGAAAUUGCUGUUCUGUCAAAGCCUAUUAUGCUAUGGAUGGUUUUAAUUAUUACCAUUGAUAAAGAUAUUAUUUUCAUAGUUUUUCAUUGUCAAUUCCUCUCUGGCAAGGGAGCAUGGUUAUGUAUAUUGUAAGUGUAUAAAUAUUAGUCUUGAAUAAUACCCCCUUUGAAGUAAAAUUCCAUGUAGCCUUUCUUCACAUGUUGGUUUUCUAAUAUAUUGAAUGGAUGUCUGCACCCUAAUAAAAAAAAGUGUGUUUGUA